AUGCUCUUCAUCCGAAGUUUAUCCACCUUCUCAGGAAUUACACAUCACGGGGAAUCGAUGUUGUGGUUUUGGCUCCCAUGGGACACCAGGUCACCUCUCAAAGGCUUUAUACUGGCUAGCUUUCUGAAGCUCCGCCUUUGGGAUGGGCUAUGGUUAGGCGCUUAUUCCGACUCUCCUGAUAUAUCGCCUUUAUACAUAUCUACGUCUGUGUCCCAAGCAGUUGCUGAAUCUGGACAAGGCUGGAGAUCACGAUCUAGACGUCGUUCCAGAUCUGCGGCUACUUCAACGGCUCAAUCUGACACAGCACCUAAACAGUCUAUAGCAGAGAGUGUUGACUCUGCGGUAGACUCUUCCCAGAAUACGACACCUCCGAACCUUACUGGCGAUGAUGCGCCCUCUUGGCUCGACCAACCAAACGUCUUCCUCGACUUAUCCCAUCUCCUUGACUUGCUCAGUCUCAGAGUUUUCUUCUACGGUAUAAUCAACGAUCACAAGCCUGUCUUCUGGCGUGACGCCAUGAUUAGAUUAGCCUUCUACCAUGUCCUCGAUAACACCGCCGUUGUGCUUCAGCUCCGGUUCUUCUAUCCAUACGACGAGGGCGCACCCUACACGACCUAUGUCAACAAUUCGGAGAUCGCGACUUCGGUGCUCGUAUUACAAGUGUGCAUUUGGAAGUUGUUCAGAAUGCGAGAGAGAUACAUGGCAUGGUUGCAAAAGGAGAAGGCCGUGAUCGAAGAAUGCUGA